CAGAGGGCGCGAAAGUCAAGAUGGCGGACGGCGAAGACGAAAACUUCAGCGAUCCGUAUGCAGUAUCCACGGAUGAAAAGGGCCCAGAAGACUACGUUCGUGUUCAGGUGGUCGUCCUGGGACUACAGGCGAAGAACACACUGCAAGGAUUCAAGAUGGUCAAGAAACCAGCUAAUUUUACUGUUGAUGUUAAAUAUGAGGAUAGGUCCUUCACUCUUUUGGUUUUUGCCAAAGAUAAAGACAAAAAGAAGAAUCCCAGUCUGAAGAACUGCAAAGUGCAUAUCAAGAAACUGCCAGAUGAAAUCAUUCCAUCUGACUGCUAUUAUAAGGUCGACAAGGAACUUAUAACAAUAUUUCUGCACAAAGCGAAGUCCAGGUCCUGGGAGCGAGAUCUUGCUACACAUGGCUUAGAUACAUAUACAGAAGAAGAUGGUGUCUCUAGCUAGUUAUGUUGGCCAACUAGCAUCAUGAAUGUGAUAUCUUUUAUGAAGAUUUUCUUGAUGAUGGAAUAAACCCAUUUUCUGUGUAUCCAUCUAUUUUACAUUAUGACGAGGUUGUUUUAUGCAUGUUUGUUGUGAUGUAUGUCACUUGGUGCAGAUGUGCAUCUGGUGUCAAGUAAUGACAGUGGUACUUUAGUCAUGUUAUAGGUGCUAACAGAUGUAUCUUCAUAAAUGUUUUCAAUUUUACAAGGACUAGGAGCAAAUGUUCUCAUCGAAUUUAUCAAAUAUUGUGAAGUAUUAUGAAUGACUACGUAACAGCAUUGAAAAUGAUAACAAUUUGUGCAUCAGCUUUUUAGAACAUUUUUAAGAGGCAUUCAUGCUUGGAUAGUUUUUUCAAAAGGAAGAUGAAAUAAAUGUCUUUUCACAUUUUAUUUUGUAUGUUUAACAAGGUAUUUGUAUAUUUAGCUUUUGCUUGUACAGUAGGUAGUGUGCAGUCUUCUUGCAAAGUUUAGGUUAAUUUCCUAUACAUUUCGUAUGCUACCUCCACAUUAUUCACUUCUGUAGAAAAGGUGUUGAUUUUUAGCUGAGAUGUAUUUUAUUAUACUACCCCUAGAUAACAAGGGUUAUGUAAAUGCCCCUGAUAUGCAUAGUGAUACAAGACUCUAAGAAGUCUUCCGAGUGCCCAUUUGA